UGCCGGGAAAACUCUGCACGUCAAGAUUCCUUGUUUUUCUUCCCUCCUUGAUGAGAUCCCAACGGCUAUAUUUUUCCCUUCCGCGUCAAGAAUUCUUUUUGAUUCGGCGGAGUGGGUCUGUGUGUUAAAGAGGGAGAACUAGCCGUUAAAUGGAUUCUUCCUCUCCCCGUUCUUCCGGGCCUGCGAGCUUCCUCACCCAAACCGACGCUUUCCUGAGGAAAAACCUCGUCUUUCAGAUACGCAAUCGGAAGUUAACUAUUCGAAUAAUAAUAUAUCCAGUAAUCAUCUGUGUGUUACUAUCUGUCCUGCAAUGGGCCAUUAACAGUGAGCUAGAUAGUCCGAAAUAUAAAUGUGGUUGUCGUUGUGUUGACACGAAUGGAAACGGUUCAUGUGAGAACGUAUGUGGAAUUCAGUAUUCUACUUCAGACCAGGCAGACAGCUGUGCAAUACCAAAUCCUGAGGAAUGGCCUGCAUUAUUGCAAGUACCUCGUCCUGAAUAUCGUGCUGCAGAGGUUGAUUUUAGUACAUUCACUGACCUGCCAAACAAGUCAUGCAGAGACGCACAGUCCUGUCCAGCUGCUGUACUUCUCACUGGGGGGAAUCGAUCUCUUGUGGAUAGCUUGGCACUGGACCUGUUUACAAGUUCAUCGCCUUCAAAUCUCUUAAAUUAUUUGAGUAAUCUGUCGAACUUUAUCACAGGAACGGAUACAGUGACCAGAGAAACAGAGUUUAUUGAACCUGCUUUUUUCUCUGGUAGACCCGUAUAUAUUGUUCAACCUGAAUGCAGACAAAAUUAUACCCUUACAAUUCCCAUUCAGAUAGCUACUGCCACAUUCCAGCAAGAGCUGAAGUGUAUUCAAGCUUUACCCUUAUGGUGCCGUAGCUCCUCAGAGAUAAACAAUGAACUGUUUAAAGGUUACCGUCUUGGGAACACAGAGGGGGUGAUAAAUGAAAUCAUGGGAGCUUAUGAUUUCUUAAACUCCAACGAGAAAAGUUUUAAUGUGAUUAUUUGGUAUAACUCGACAUAUAAAAAUGCCAGUAUGCGUGGUACUCCUCCUGCAUUGAUGCGUGUUUCACGCUCAUUAAAUGUGGUUUCAAAUGCCUACCUCCAGUUCGUAAAAGGUGCAGAUUCGAAGAUGCAAUUGGAGUUUACUAAGGAAAUGCCUAAACCAGCUAAUCGACUUUCACUUGAUUUUUCUUCUCUUCUUAGUGCUCUUUUCUUCCAGUGGAUUGUGGAACUACUAUUUCCGGUCAUGUUGAUUUAUCUGGUUUAUGAGAAGCAGCAUAAACUAAGAAUCAUGAUGAAAAUGCAUGGGCUUCAAGAUGGUCCUUAUUGGAUCAUUUCUUAUGUUUACUUCCUUUUCCUAUCCUCAGCUUAUGUGUUAUCCUUUGUGAUACUAGGUUCUGUAAUAGGCCUAAAAUUCUUUACGCUGAAUGACUACAGUAUACAGUUUGUAUUCUAUUUCACUUCUAUAAACUUGCAGAUUGUGCUUGCUUUUCUGACAGCAGCAUUCUUUUCGAACGUCAAGACUGCAGAAGUAAUUGGAUACCUAUAUAUAUUUGGAUCGAGCAUCAUGGCAGGAUAUCUUCUCCAUUUUUUUGUUGAAGAUACAUCCUUCCCGGGGAAAUGGCUUUUGGUUAUGGAGAUCAUACCUGCAUUUUCCCUAUAUCGAGGGCUUUAUGAGUUUGGCCAGUAUUCUUUUAAUGGAGAUCAAAUGGGAACUUCUGGUAUGCGCUGGGGAGAUUUAAAUGAUAGUCUGAAUGGAAUGAGAGAUGUCUUGACUAUCAUUGUCAUAGAAUGGUUGGUACUGCUUCCUGUCGCAUAUUAUCUUAAUCAGGGUGCCUCACUGGGCAGGGGAAUCAGCAAUAACCCUCUAUUUUCCCUACAAUGCUUUCUGAUGAAGACUCCAUCUAAUCAAAGGUUUAAUAUUCGAAGACAGGGUUCAAAGGAAGUUUCUGUGGACAUGGAAAAGCCUGAUAUUAUCAAAGAAAGGAAAAUGGUUGAACAGCUACUUCUUGAACCUGAUACAAGUUAUGCAAUCAUCUGUGAUAACCUAAAGAAGGUUUAUCCUGGAAAGGAUGGAAACCAGGAUAAGUUUGCAGUUCAAGGUUUAUCUCUUGCCUUGCCACGUGGAGAAUGCUUUGGGCUGCUUGGCCCUAAUGGUGCUGGAAAGACAACCUUUAUCAAUAUGAUGAUUGGUCUUAUAGCACCCACAUCCGGAAAUGCAUUUGUCCGGGGAUUCAACAUUCAGAAUGAUAUGGAUAAAAUAUACAGCAGCAUGAGUGUGUGCCCACAGAAUGACAUGCUCUGGGAAAUGUUGACAGGUAGGGAGCAUCUAUUGUUCUAUGGUCGAUUGAAGAACCUUAAAGGUUCUGCUUUAAUGCUUACUGUUGAAGAAUCUUUAAAAAGUGUAAAUUUGUUUCACGGUGGUGUUGCUGAUAAACAAGUCAAGAAAUACAGCGGUGGCAUGAAAAGGAGGCUUAGCGUUGCCAUCUCAUUGAUAGGGGAUCCUGAGGUUGUCUACAUGGAUGAGCCCAGUACUGGCCUAGAUCCUGCUUCAAGAAAAAAGUUGUGGAAUGUUUUGAAGCAUGCAAAGCAGAACAGAGCAACUAUUCUUACUACACACUCGAUGGAAGAGGCUGAGUUUCUAUGUGAUCGAUUGGGAAUCUUUGUAGAUGGCAGUCUUCAGUGCAUAGGAAACCCAAGAGAGCUGAAGGCCAGAUAUGGAGAGUCUUACAUCUUUACAAUGACAACAUCUCCAGACGAUGAACAAGAAGUGGAGAAUUUAGUAUUUACAGUGUCUCCUAAUGCAAAGAAGAUUUAUCAGAUAUCAGGGACGCAGAAAUUCGAAUUGCCAAAGCAAGAAGUUAGAAUUGCUGAUGUCUUCUCAGCUGUUGGUAACUUUAAGAGCAAAGUCAGUGUACGGGCAUGGGGUUUAGCUGAUACAACCAUGGAAGAUGUCUUCAUAAAGGUUGCAAAAAGAGCAGAAUUGUUUGAUAAGUUGUCAUGAGUGGUUCAUAUUUUCUCCACUGUACAUUAGGACAAUGUUGAUUGUAUAUAUAUAUAUAACAUCAGUGUUGAUCCGAAGGACAAUGUGGAUUCAGUUCUUAUUGUGUAUUUAUGUCCAAAUUACAGCAUCCAAUUAACUGUUUGCUGGUUCAUAUGACAUUAUGCCAUUCUAUAUAUAUCGUGAACUAGUACAGAUUUGCAUUUUUCA